AUGACCGCCAACCGGUCGCGCCUGACCGCGGACGACGUGCGCACGAUGUGGAAGCGCGCGGUGUACACCCACCUGGAUGACAAGGGGCGGGUGUUGAAGGCCAACGCGCCGGACGCCACGGUCGGCGGGCGGGCCUUCCUGCGCGGCCUGGCGCGCGAGACGAUGGCCCGGCGGGAGGAGUUCGACACGGCGCAGCUGAGGGACAUCGGCUGGGCGUCCGGCAGGCUGUGGUUCUCGGACGCGGAGCUGAUGGCGAUGGUGAAGGGCGGGCUGGUGGCGGCGCUGGCGGAGGGGAGGAUCCCGGUGACCGAGACGAUCCCCGUGAUCUGGGCCCUGGCCCAGUCGGGGAACUACCCGCAGGAGGUACUGGACGCGCUGGUGGAGAUGGGCGGGGAGAGGAUCGGCGAGCUGAAUGCCCAGAACUGCACCAACCUGCUGUGGGCGAUGGCGUUCUCGGGCUACCACCCUGGUGACGCCUUCCUGGGCCUGCUGUGCGACACCGCCCUGGCCCGGUUCGACGACUCACCCAAGUCGGUGAUCGCCCAGACGGUGUCCGACAUGCUCUGGGCCUGCGGCCGGCUGGGGCACCCGGAGCCGGGGAAGGUGGCGGGGAGGUGCGUGGACUGGGCGCGGCCGAGGAUGGGGUCAUUCACCGCUGGAGAGUUGGUGGCCGCGGUGCAGGGUCUGGCGAUGAUGGGCGCCCUAGAGAGGGGAGACAUGGAGAGGGCGUGCAGGAGGUUCCAAAAGCUGCUGGCGAAGGUGGCGAUGCCCAGCGUGGCGUUGGACAGGGUGGUGGCGCUGACGAUGCUGUUCCCGGGGGAGGAGAGGGCGGAGCUGCAGGGCCUGCUGUUCGGGGAGUCCAGGGACCGGCUGCGGAAAGAGAGGGAGGUGUGGCAGGCAGAGGUUGCACACAGAAUGCGCACCAAUUCCUUCAUUACAAGCAUCAGUGCACAACUCGAGGAGCUGUCCAUUUACCACCAGGUUGGCUCUGUGUUGGGGGGCGGCCAACUGGCAGUGGAGCUGCUAGUCGAGAAGGAAGGCAGGAUGCAUGGCCUGGUCCCUGUUCACAGCAUGUCGGUGAAUCGUAAUGGAGGCAGCAUCGUGCUGGGUGAGGUGGGGCUGGCACGCAGGCUGCUGGAGGCACAAGAACUGCCCAUUGCAGGACUCAUAUCCAUGGCAGAGUGGGACAGAUGCAAAGAUGACCAGGACGUGAAAAAGAGGCUUGUGCAGCGGGCUGUCGAGGGUGGCUGA